AUGACAAACAACACAGACAAGGACUGCAUGGAAAAAAUUCUUGCAAUAAUUUAUGAAAUAUGGAAUGCGAGAAAUUUGCUGGUCUUUCAGGAAAAAAACUUACCUCCCCAAGAGAUUAGCUCCAACGCGUUCAAAAAGCUUCAUGAAUAUCAAUCCCAUGGUGAAGUAAAGACACAAAAAUCCCAAACCUCUCCUCCUUCGACCAACAGUUGCAGUAACAACAUCAGCUGGAGUCCACCGCUUAGGGGCACCCUGAAAAUCAAUGUGGAUGCUCACCUAAGCAGUGAUGGUCAUUGGUUUGCAUGGAUGGUCUUGAGACGGUCGGAUGGGAGCGCCGUUGGAGCUGCAACUAGGGUUCAUAAGGGGAUGACUAACGUUGUAAUGGGAGAAGCCAUGGGCUUGAACGACGCUAUCGAUUGGAUUGAAAAGAUGGAGAAGCAUCAAGUGGUCUUUGAAAUGGAUUCGCAGAUCAUUGUGAAUGCAGUAAGGAAUAGGGAAGAGAUUAGAAAGAAUUGGGGAAGUGUUGUUCGUCGUUGCAUUAGGUUCCUAAAAGACAACCCUAACUCUGAUUUGGUUUGGGUUAACCACAAAGCUAAUCGGGUCGCCCAUGAAAUAGCUAAGUGGGCUGAACAUGAGCCCAAUUGUGACUGGAAUGAAUGUGUUCCUAUGUGUGUUUGGCCUUUAAUCCAAAAAGAUAAAGGUUUUGUAUCUCUUGCUUAG